UACCACGCCUGCCACAACCCACCCAAGACUCUUUCAAGAUGCCUCAAGCCUUUGAUAAAUGCAAAGAACGGCCUGAGCAUAUUGACCAAAUUCUCAACAACCUAAAUCGAUACAACCCUGAAACGACGACGACUUUUCAGGAAUAUGUCACGCAGCAAUGCGAGGAGAAAUUCUUUGAUACAUACGCAUGCCUGGCGCUACUGAAAUUAUACCAGUUCAAUCCGCAACUCCUGCAUCCUGAAACCGUCACCAACAUCCUCGUCAAGGCUCUCACUGUCUUCCCGUCGCCUGCCUUUUCUCUGUGCCUGAGCCUCCUACCUCCCUCGACUAUUCCAUACCAGCCGGGAAACACCUCGGUCCCUACCACCGAUUUCACCGAAUCCAUACAAAAACUCACGCGGUUGAAUACUUUGCUCGAAUCCGCACAAUAUGACGCGUUCUGGUCGACGCUGGAGUCGGACGAUCUAUAUGCAGACCUCUACGCGGACGUCGCAGGGUUUGAAGAUCUGGUUAGAAUACGGAUCGCUGGUGAGGUAGGAAAGACAUUUCGGCAGAUUGAUCUGGGUGUCCUGAGCGGAUGGCUGGAUCUACGAGGAGACACAUUAGCCAAAUUUACUCAGACGGCUUGUGGGUGGAGAGUACAAGGGCAACAGGUUGAAAUACCAGCCAAUGCCGAGAAUGAGGCCAAGAGCGAAGUCAAGGGCGAAAGAGUUGGUGUAGACAUGUUUAGCAGGGUCUUCAGAAGAGGCUACGAGGCUCCGGCAUGAGACACAGAUACCUUGAAAUGAAGGACGUAUGGCGCAAUGAUAUGUGUCUGGGCACGAGCAGUACAAAUCCGGGAUCGUCUCACUGGCACCUACUGGGAGUCUGGGCGGAUUCUGAUCGAGUGACGGGCAAUUUGGCCUGGAAGACGUCCUGAGACCUAUGUCCCAUCCAAUCUUGAAUGGCAAUGCUCGUUAGAUCCCAACCGAACGUCUGGCUUUGCGGUCUUUCUGGGAAGGGCUCAGGCCUGCCGGUCGAAUGGGCUACGGAAGGGUCGGGGGUGAGGGAACGAGGGUGAUAUGCUUGGCUGAUUCGUUUACUCCGGUCAAAGGUUCUGAUGGAAUUGAGCUGGAGGGCGGCUACGUUUUCUGGCUCGACAUAGAUCCAUGCGAAAAUUGCAAGUACUUGUAUUGUCUCGUGGUGGCAGUUCACUGGGUUUCCUACUAUCUCCGUACUCCGUACCACUGGUAGCGUUCAAAUCAAGGCAAAGGACCCCAGAAAUGCAGGAGGUUCUUGGGUCUUGGCAGAAACUGUGGCGCGUCUUGGG